AUGUUUCAGAAUGCAACAAGAGCGCUCGAUCUCAAGACCGCUCACUACCGGCCACACGGAGUAACCCCAGAGUGCACUCUGGACGACGGGGUGGGGCGACACUUUUGGGUGGAGCGACACGUGUCGCCCUGCCCCUAUUUUCCUGUUCCCGCCUUUGCCAUUUUCCUCCGACCCCCUAGGGGGCAGUUUGCGAUAAAAGGCAACGGUGGCAGCAUUAACGAACGAACGACACUCCACGUUGAUUGCGAUUCCAAAUGUGGGUCUGAGCGUACAGCACGAGCAAGCACCUGCAGCUCGGUAGCACAGAGGUUUGGAGCUAAAUCCUGCAGUAGAGAGAACCCUGCAUUGAAAGUGGAGAUGUUUUGUCAUAUAGCAAAAAGACAAGAUCCCACAUCGACAACUUCCGCUUCUUCAAACAGAGGAUCUCUUCCAAACACGAAGACCAAAAACCAAAUGGAUAAUAGGAACAAGCCAGCAGUUACACCUGAAUCUGAACUUAAGUGUGGAAAUGUCAAGAGUUCUACAGAGCAUGCAGUUAUGACAACAAUAUAUCAGCUUCCCCAUGAAAUAAUAGCAACUGGUGAUUCUGCAUAUUUGAUGCUUUCACUGGUAUGCAGAUGGUUUAGGGAUGUGGUCACAAAUGAAAUUUUCCAGAAAGCAGCACACUUUGUCUGGCUGAACAGUGUGGUCAACUGGAAAAAAAAAUUUCCGGACUACUGUGAUGAGUUCCGCCGGAUCUACAGCUUCAGGGAAUGCUCAGAAUGCUUGGAGCUUUUCAAGUCCUAUCCACCAGGGUACAGGGGAAGAGGAAGACGAGGGGAACUGCUGGGCUUUUACUCCGAAGAUCUUUGUACAGGAUUUUGCUCGCAGGACUGUUUUUUUGCUGCAGGAAAUGAAUUUCUGUAAAACUCAAAACUUGUAGAUGGGAAUUGAGAGAUGAACUGGUUUUGAUGUAGUAAUUGAUGCAACUAAAAGUUAAACUUAAAGGUCAAACUUGAAAAAUUAGAAUAUUGUGCAAAAGUUCAUGUUCAGUAAUUAAAAAAAUUAAAAGGUGAAACUUAAUAUAUUUAGUAUAAAUAACUAUACAUGCAUAUGGCAUGAUUAUAUAUACUUUUCAGUUAUAUAUACUUUUCAGAGGGCUUGCAUUUUGGUGUUCAUCAAAAUUAUAACUUUUGCACGAUAUAAAUUUUUUUCGAGUUUCACCUGUAUAGUGUUCUAUUGAAAAGCUAUGGCAAAAACAUAGGUUUCACUAAUUGUGCAUAUGGUAAAGUACCUUGGUUCUUUAAGGUUUGCAUAAAUUACAUUCUGCUGAUGUAUAAGUGCAGUUUGGAGUCUAUAAUAAAGAAAAAGUGACAAA